AUGACGACGGGUACUGAGUUCCGGUGGAGUGCCGUGGACGCUAAGGAACAACCGCCGGACCUGCCCCCUUUUGAGACGAAGCAUUACAUCAAGAGGCAGCCGGUUGUGAAAUACACGGACAUGCCGGACAAGAUGAAGAAGGAGGUGCUCGCCAUCUCGCACAAGGCAAUGGCAAAGUACUACAACGAGGUCGACAUAGCUGUUUACAUCAAGGAACAACUGGACCAGAAGUUCAGGGGCGGACUGUGGCAGGUGAUAGUCGGAAGGGACAUGAACGUCAGCUGCAACUACGAGACCGGAAAGUACAUUUACUUCUAUUUGGGACACCUUGGAUUCAUCGUCUACCGCUCGGGCGCUCUUUAA